AUGGCAGGUAGCGGCGGCCUGGCCGGCGGGGCCGGGGGCAGCCAGGGCACUGCGGGAGGGCCCGGGGCCGCUCUUCGAGCGUCCCGUGCGCCUUUGCUGUUCGCCGUGCUGGUUCUCGGCGCUUACUGCCUCUGCGCUCUCCCCGCACGCUGCCCGCCGGCCGGCCCGGUCCCCGCGCCGGCCCCUGCGCGCGCCGAGCCGCCCCGCGCAUCCCGCAGCCCUGGGGCGCACGGUCUGCCAGUGGCCAGUGGCUCGGGCCGGCGGCGCUUCCCGCAGGCCCUCAUCGUGGGCGUGAAGAAGGGUGGCACGCGCGCCCUGCUGGAGUUCCUGCGGCUGCACCCCGACAUCCGCGCGCUCGGCUCGGAGCCCCACUUCUUCGACAGGUGCUACGAGCGCGGCCUCGCCUGGUACCGGAGCCUGAUGCCCCGCACCCUGGACGGACAGAUCACCCUGGAGAAGACCCCCAGCUACUUCGUGACGCGGGAGGCCCCGCGCCGCAUCCACAGCAUGUCCCCGGCCACGAAGCUGAUCGUGGUCGUGCGGAACCCCGUGACCCGGGCCAUCUCCGACUACGCGCAGACCCUCUCCAAGACCCCGGGCCUGCCCAGCUUCGGCGCCCUGGCCUUCCGCCGUGGCCUGGGCCCCGUGGACACGGCCUGGAGCGCCGUACGCAUCGGCCUGUACGCGCAGCACCUGGACAACUGGCUGCGCUAUUUCCCGCUGUCCCGCUUCCUCUUCGUCAGUGGCGAGCGCCUGGUCAGCGACCCCGCUGGGGAGCUGGGCCGUGUGCAGGACUUCCUGGGCCUCAGGCGGGUCGUCACGGACAAGCACUUCUACUUCAACGCCACCAAGGGCUUCCCCUGCCUCAAGAAGGCACAGGGCAGCGGCCGGCCACGCUGCCUGGGCAAGUCCAAGGGCCGGCCACACCCGCGUGUGCCCGAGGCUGUGGUCCAGCGCCUUCGGGCCUUCUACCGGCCCUUCAACCACAAGUUCUACCAGAUGACCGGCCAGGACUUUGGCUGGGACUGACGGGGCUGGGGCCCACACCCUGCCUGGGGACGCUCAGUGACUUUAAUUUAUGCCCAUCACCCGGCCUGAGCAGACCUUGGGCACAUGCUGGGUGGAGAGAAAUCUUUACUAAAUAAAGUUUGCAUCUGU